GUCCUCCAGAAGUCAAUCAUUUUUGAUUUAUUCCUUUCUAUAGCCGAAGAGACUCCUCGACGCGUUCUCGUACUUGCCAAUACCUCAUCGAAUGAGCGAUCAUGUUACGAUGAUUUCACGAAAAACGCUUUGCCAUUGUUGCAUCUGGCAGGUCUCCAAGUGGAUAUAAUCAAGGCUCUGGCAGCCGCUGUAGAUACACAAGAAGCGGAUGCAAUCUACAUCGUAGGUGGUGAUGGCACACUUGGACGAGUUGUUACUGGGAUUCUCCGUAACAGUGCGAUGGCUUUGAUAGAAGGACAAAGUCGAAAAGUUGCAGCCUUCGAGUUCGUUUUGGAAGGAGAUGAGUCAGCCGCGGAACCACUUUACGGCAUCGGUGAUGUGGGGGCAGGUUGGUUCCGUCAUAUCGAGGAACGUAGACGUAAACUGUGGUACUUUGGAGCGAUGAAACGACGUUGGGCCUAUUUCUGGGAAAUGCUCAAGCGUUCACCCACGGAUAUGGAAGCGAAACUUCAGUACGAGGAGGCAUGUACCGGCUGCCGACGGUGUCGUCCACCAGUCGUAUUCGAACCACCCGCUUGGAGAUGGUGGCAUAUUCUUACUGGGCCACCACGUAUUCAGGAAUCAGCAGAAGGUAGAAGAUUGUUUUUCUGA